GUCACGUUGCUUUGUGCUGAACCACUUGCUGUAGAGCACUGAUGCUUCCCGGCGUUCUCGCAGCCUUCCCAGGGAUACGGGAGAAGACUCUGUGGUGAAGUUAUAAAUCAAACAUACCUUCUUGUGGUGAGAGCCCAAUAAAAUAAUUACUCGCUGAACAUUGGUUGUGGAAGAAGACCAAGGAUUCCCACUAGCAGGCCCAGCAGCUUUGGCUUUAGAGGGAAACAGACCAAAGAGCAAAGCCACCAUUUAGCUUGACUGGAAAUGGCCUCGCAGGACAGGCUGAAGAUGGAGAAGUGUGACCCAGCUGGCGUUGACACAGGAGAAGGCCCUCACACUGUCGAGGCUGUGAGAAGUGGACGAUUCCAGGAGAGAAUCCCACAGACUGCCUUGGAUGAGGAGACCUUUAACUCUGAUAUACAACGCCUACAGUUUAGGCACUUUUCCUACCAAGAGGCUGCGGGGCCCCGAGAAAUUUGUAGCCAGCUCCACCAGCUUUGUCAUCUGUGGCUGAAGCCCAAGUAGCGUAGCAAGAACGAGAUCCUGGAUCUGGUGAUCCUGGAGCAGUUCCUGGCUAUCCUUCCCACAGAGAUGGUGCAGUGGGUCCGAGAAUGUGGGCCGGAGACCAGUUCACAGGCAGUGGCCCUGGCAGAAGGGUUCUUCUUGAGUCAUCGGGAGACCCAGAGGUGGGAAAAGCAGGUAGAACAAGAGACAUCAGAAGAGGAAGAGAAGGUUCCCUCACACCACAGAGAGAGUCUGCUUGUGGAAGCUGACCAAGAUAAUGCCAUGCUGGGGGAUGGAAUGACACUGGAAAUAUGUAGAAGGCCAACUCUUUUUGGAGAAGAGAUGCAAAUGACCACCGCCAUGCCCAAUCAAGGCCUGGUGACCUUCGAGGAGGUGUCUGUGUGUUUCACGGAAGAGGAAUGGGUGCUUUUGGACCCAGGCCAAAAAGCCUUGCAUAGACAAGUUAUGGGAGAGAAUUACAAGAAUCUGGACUCUUUGGGAUGGGAAAUAAAGGAAGAGUCACAUGGAACGUGGAAUAAAUAUUUUGCUUCUCAGGAGGCUGACUUCCACAUCAACUCUGCCGAAGGAAAAGAAACAGAGUGUGGGAACCGUUUUGCUUGGGAAUCAAGCCAUAAAGACAAGGAUAAAGUACAUAUGUGCCCAGAGUAUGGAAACCGCUUGUGUCUGGAAACAGAUCUGAUUAGGCAUGAAAGGAUCCCCCCAGGGGAGAAACGGUUUAAAUGCCUGGAAUGUGGGAAGAGCUUUGGCCAGGGCUCUCAUCUGAAAAGGCAUCAAAGCGUCCACACAGAAGAGAAGCCAUAUAAAUGCCUGGAGUGCGGAAAGGGCUUCAGCUGGAGCACAGAUUUGAGCACGCAUCAGAGAAUACACACGGGGGAGAGGCUGUUUGCAUGCCCAGACUGCGGAAAGGGCUUCAAUCGAAGGACUCAUCUAAAAAGACACCAAAGAAUCCACACGGAGGAGAAGCCAUAUCAAUGCACGGCAUGUGGAAAGCGCUUCAAUCAGUGCUCACACCUUAACGCACACCAAAGAAUCCACACAGGGGAGAAACAGUUCGAUUGCCAGGAAUGCAGGAAGAGCUUUGGUCGAGGGGCUCAUCUGAGAAGGCACCAAUUAACCCAUAAGGAGGAAAAGGUGUACAGAUGCUUACGGUACGGAAAAGGCUUCAGUCACGAAGCUCAUUUUCGGAGGCACCAAACAAUCCAUAUGGAGGAAAGGCUGUACAGAUGCCUGGAGUGCGGAAAGGAAUUCAGUCAGAGUGCAAAUCUUCAUACACAUCAAAGAAUUCACGAAGAAGCGAAAUUGUUUGAAUGCCUGGUCUGCAGAAAGAGCUUUGAGCAGGGGGCUCUUCUUAGAAGACAUCGAAGAACCCAUGCAGAAGGGAAGCUCUACAAAUGCUUGCAGUGCGGAAAGAGCUUCAGUAGCAUGUCCGAUCUGAAAAGGCACCACAGAAUCCACACCGGGGAAAAACCAUAUCAGUGCCUCGAGUGUGGGAAGAGUUUUACUCAGAGCACCAAUCUUCAUAUCCAUCAAAGAACCCACAUAGGAGAGAGGCCGUUUAAAUGCUCCUACUGCAGAAGAUGCUUUUUCGCAAAAUCAAGUCUGAAUAAACAUCAAAGAAUCCACACACGUGAAAAGCCGUACCGUUGUCUGGAGUGUGGGAAAAGCUUUGAUCAGAGCACCAGCCUUCGUACGCAUCAAAGAAUCCACACAGAGGAGAAGCCGUAUAAAUGCUCCUACUGUAGCAAAAGCUAUUUUGAUAAAUCAAGCUUUAAUAAACAUCAAAGAAUCCACACAGGAGAGAACGCUCUGAGUGUAAGAAAUGCUUCAAUCACACUACCACCCCUGUUUUACCCUGAAGGAACAAUUUACAGGGAUGAACUGCAUCAGAGGUCCCCACCCUUUUGAGCCUGAGGAAACCUUUGGAACAGGUCCAAGAGAACUGUGGCUUGCCCAAAGUCACCCAGCUGGCUGCAUAUGAAGGAGGAGCGGGGAAUCAAACCUGGUUCUCCAGAUUAGAGUCCGCUGCUCUUUAACCACUACACCAAACUGGCUCUCACUGCACCAUACUGGCAGGUAUCAUGAUGCCCCAUAGACACCACGUUGGGAACCCGUGAACUAUAGCAAUGAAUUCAGGAAAGUGAGUCAUGUUGUUCUGUUGCUACAAAAUCAACAGAAGCUUGGUUCAGAAGUAACAGGAACAUGAUGACAAUCAGGGCUUUUUUUUGUAGAUGGAACUUUUUUGCAUAUUAGGUUACACCCCUCUGAUGUAGCCUAUCCUCCUGGAGCUUACAGUAGGCCCUGUACUAAGAGCCCUGUAAGCUCUUGGAGGAUUGGCUACAUCAGGGUGGGUGUGGUCUAAUAUGCAAAGGAGCUCCUGCUACAAAAAUAAGAGAUGACAAUAGUUUAUAAAUGUACAGGGGGAGGGAGUGAAUAGAGAGAACAUAUGAGGUGUUGCGGGUUUUUUGGUUCGUUUUUUAAUAGUCUUAAACUUUGAUUUUAUUAUGUAAGUUUUAGUUCAUUAACUGUCUCAUUGGCCCUUGUGAGAAAGAUGGGGUAAAAUUUUUGUAAAAUAAAAUAAAAAUUAAGGAAACUAA